UCUUGAGAAAGCAAUAGUUAUUAUCAAUAAACCCCAAGUCUUAGUUUUAAGCUGUUGAUGUGAAAUAAUCAGCACCAGUGUCAAAAUAGAUUUCCGCAAUUAUUAAUGUAAUAUACAGUGCAAUGUUCUUUGUCUAGAGCAUUGGUGUGUUGGUUUUGUAACGUCCCCUAAAGAAUUUUUCUCUAAUAUGAAUGAAGAUGUCACCAGCUGUAAGCAAAGUAUCAAAACUUUUGUCGUAUACAUGGCACUUAUGCUUGUCGUGAUUUGUCAUCCGUUCACGACUCUGGCUUCUAUAUGAUGAGUGUUUAGCGACGAAGCAGUCACUACCUAUAUAAAACGUCUUUGUUUGACACAGCCAUGAUACUAGCUAGGUGCGAAUCCACCACCAAAAAUAUGCAAAGUUUUCAUCAGACAAUAAUAUUAUAGGAUACAGGAUAUGAAAGAAUGGCUUAAUUUCUCUAUAUUGCCCAAAUCACAAUGUACAUAGAUCUACCUCCGUAAUACAAACAGACUAAACAUUUAUUCUUUUAGUGUAACAUCUAUCGGUCUUCCUGCACGCGUAACACUUAAACACAAGUUUCAAUCCAACCCACUAUGCUAAAUCAAUUUGAGAGCCGAUUUCGAUUUCAAUGAAGCAAUUUUGAUAUUAAUUAGUAUUAUUAAUUAGCAUUGAAAUUAAUGUAUUAGCUUGAGAUAGAUUUUGUGUAUAUCACCAGUUACCGGAGGUGGUGCCAAAGAGACAAUGUAUUCAAAGAUUAGCUCUCAAAUUGAUCACAGCUUCGCCUGGUACAUAACAAUGGGCUUUUUGUUUGGAAGCUUGUUGUAUAGGUGACUUCACAAGUGGCCGACUACUCCUGGGACAUUAGUCAAGAACACCUUCCUAGGAAGUUUUUAUUCAUUUCACAUAUUGAUCUCAUAGAUAUUUCAUUAUAAUAAUGUAUUGUGCACAUUGAAUCUGAGUUAAAUGUCAGGUAAGCAGUCUGGUUCGUUGUUGCCUCCGAAAGAUUGCAGACUAUAUAUUCAUCCUGAAAUGAUAAUGACCAUGGUAAUCAGAUAUAUUCAAUGAGUAUCUGUUUCCUUCCAUCCAUGCUUCCUGGAAUGAUCGAUAGUGUAUGCUCAUGAUCAAAGGGGUUAAUAUUUUAUCAGCUGAAUUUAAACCUCGCCGUUCUGUAACUGAGGUUGCAAGACAGCACAUUUUAUUGGGACGCCAGAGCAAAAGCAUUUGACCAUUAACGAUGGACGGAAAAACACCAGAUUAUUCACAAUCGUAUGCUAAAUACGGAAAAUCUUCUUUGCUUGAAAUUUAUGUAGCAGGAACAAGAUUUGAAAUUCCGAAAAAAAAUAUUCUGAAGCAUCCAGGGACAUUACUGGAGAAAAUGUUACCUAAACUGAAUAAGGAAAAAGAAGGGGACGUAACCUUCAAUCGCCCGGAUGACUCUUUUAAAGCAAUCCACAGUUUUUACCUUACUGGCAAGCUGCACAUGCCAUUGAAUCUGUGUCCUGGGGAAUUCGCGGAAGAAAUGGAGUACUGGGGCAUACAACCAGAAAUUCUGGAACCAUGUUGUCUUUACAGAUUUCUAUCCUUCAAGCACCAGGAAGAAACGUCCAAACAGUUUCGAAAAUCCAUUUCCUCCACAACCCACCACGAGAUUACUUCCGAAGGCUCCUCGUGGAGAAUGCGGCUCUGGUUGAUAGUAGACAACAGAGUUUCGUCACCGCUAGCCAAGGUUUAUCUUGCGAUUACACUUCUGUUUGUUCUGCUCUCUUUGGCCUCGCUAUCACUCAGCACGCUACCAAUGUUCCAGCGGAAACUGACGAUUUGCGAAACACGUGAUCUAAUAUUUUACGACAACGAGUAUGAUGAUGACGUUGAAGAGUAUCUUAACACUCGUGUGGACUGUAGUAAAAAUGCAGAAGAAAGUAUACAGUCAUAUCUUGGUGAAUACGCGAGCUACACAGACGAAGAAUUUAACGAAAAGAUUGAACAGGCGGAAGAGCAAAUGCAGAACUCAUCGUCAUUUUCGGAUGAGGAUCUUGAAGAUCUUAAACUAAGAUCGAAACUCAAGAAAAUAAAACUACCAAACAAAUUUGCUCGUCUUCAAGAAUUCGAUUUAAUUGACCUAAUUGUCCUGGCAGUAUUUACCGUGGAUCUGUUCCUAAGAUUGAUAACUUGUCCCAGUAUAGUUUCGUACUAUAAGUCAGCACUGAACAUAAUUGAUUCAUUUGUCUUAGUGUCUGGAAUCAUCGGAUAUGUUUUGGAGAAAUAUUUGAUCAACUUUACUUAUGACAGUGGAAACUUGGAUGUCUUGAUAUAUAUGCAGCAACUUCGUGUGUUUCGUCUGCUUCGAGUCGUCCAACAUGUUGCCGCCAUUGAAGUUCUCGGUUUUUGCUUCAAAUCGAAUUUCAAAGAAAUAAUGGUUCUUCUAUUAUUUUUAUUUGUCGGUGUCAAUUUCUUCGCAAAUAUGUUGUACUUUUUGGAGCAGAAAACUGUUUCCAGCAUUCCACAAGCGUGGUGGUGGGGACUUAUCACCAUGACAACAGUUGGAUAUGGCGAUAUCUAUCCAGUCACAGCAGGAGGGCGCAUUGUUGGGGCCUUUUGUGCAAUAAGCGGAGUCAUUGUUCUUGCUCUAAUUAUUCCCCUUUUUGUCAACAAUUUUAUAGCAUUGUAUGAACUUGCGUAUUUGUUUGACAAAAAGCAAAGCGUGGAACCAAAAGCAAUGCAAGUGAAAGUGCGUCCUACUUGACAACUGAGUGCCCGUUAUCAUCGUUUGUCUCUAAGUACUAUUUUUAAUAACACUCAACUAUGUUACAGUGACGUAUAGCCCGAUGGGAACCCUUUUCUCUAAAUAUAGAGACUUUAUUUCAAAGGAAAACUGGAAAGCAAAUGAAUUUUGAUUAUAUAAUAAACAAAUCUAUAUUUUUCGCCUAAAAAGA